CUGGAUCGGGUUUCCAUUCCCUUUAUCAGCCUCCUAGAAACUCCACUCAUGUGACAAGACUCAAAACUUUGGAUAAUGACUUCUUACCCACAAUUAAACAAGCUGAAAGAGACACAUAUUUUAGUCGCUCCCUCAAACCGAGACACCGGAACCUUAGCCUUCACCCGCAUGCAGUUCGCACUGGUGAUUAUUAUAUGUUUAAUGAAUUUGACGACGAAGAUGAUUUAGAUGUGUAUGAAGAAUAUGAUUUCUUGGAAAUAGAAGACUUACGCUCUCGACAAAUGCGUCAGUCUGUGAGUUAUAGUAUGUCGACCAUGACUAUGGCCAAACAACCAACUUUUAAGUUCCAAGGCAAGCAAUUAUAAUAGAAGCAAAUCGUUCCUAUGUCACGAAAAUUCGGACUAUAAUAAUAAACAACUUGAAACUCAUCCGGUCAUUACACUCACUUCAGAACUUUUUAUUUUACUCACUUUUAAAUUAAAUCGUCUAUCAAAAAAUUUCCGAUUUGUACAUAAGAUGCUCUCUGCUGAGAAAAAAAAACUACAAGAAAUUAGUAUUAUGAAACGGCUGGAAUUAUCAAAUACUGCAGCUAUGUUCAAAUUUUUAAAUAAAUCUUUAAAUAACCAAUUAUCAAGACAGGCUAUUUUGGAUUGUGUCUCACAAGGCGAUGAUUUUACUACUUUUGACCAUAAUGACUUUGUACAAAUGUUAAUUGCUUUAUGGUAUGCACUUAUUGCCAAUACUGAGGCAAUAUGCUACUUGGUGGUGUUUCUGAAUCAAGCUGCUAAUUCAUCCAUUAUUUCAUUGCCAAUGCCUUUUUUAGUUCUGUGUUGGGGUGCUUUAACAUUGCCCCGCCCAACUAAAACUUUUUGGGUUACUUUGAUUACAUAUAAUUUGACGAUGAUAUUUUUAAAGUCCAUUAUGCAUCAGAGAGUAUUACUUGACCAGCAGCUCUUUAACAGAUCAAAUUCAUUGACCUUUGAACUAAUUAUGAAGCGUGGAAGAGCUGUUUACGAUCUUUUUUUACUUGUUGUAUUAUUUUGGCACCAGUAUAUGCUGAAGAAGCAAGGCAUUUGGACAAUUCAACGUACAAACUCAGAGUUAUUAUUACUGGAAAAACACCCGAGCCACUAUAAACGCAGCUUUAGCAAGGAGAGACCUGAGAAUAUACGAAAACUCUUAAGGGAAGAGGGAGGUGACGAGCCAAAAAAAGGAAUACGUUCUGACACAAUAGACUUCGAAAGAGACAUGGAUGAUUUACUUCUACCAGUUUUGGAAAACAAAUACGUGUAUCAAAACAUUGAAUCCGAAUAUUAUCGCAAAACAAUGCAAGGAUUAGCGCAUAAAGGUGGAUUAUUAUCCGGAUUCCAUAAAUUUUUUUUAGCGUUGCGACAUAAGUCACGAUUGUCUACUGAUGUUUACACGUUAUUAUUUCUAAAAGUGGAAGUGGAGUGGAUGCGAUUCUGUGUCGUCAAGAGGUUCCUGGUGGCAAGAUGUUUAUUAGAGACGGCCCUAGGAUUUCUUAACUGGGCAGGAGAAUCUUUGCGCUUCAGUCUGCUCUGGAUACAUACACUCGUGUGCGGCGAGCUUGACUUGAUGUUUACUCUUUGUCAUCUGGAUUUCCUCGUUGACGAGAUUGAUCUGGAGGUCUCCAUGGAUGCUUUCGCUGCGUAG